AUGACUUCAAUAUUUAAAGGCGCGACCCGGAGCAGCAACUCUGCGAAUUCUAUUAAGUCUAUCAACUCGCUUCCACGCGCACUUACCACCAUCCCCACCAACACACCACGCCAGCGGCGCACAAUCACCACAUCUGCAUUCAUACUAGGCACGUCAUGCGCACUAAUCGGAGGAUAUGCGAUGGGUGCGCUGCGACCGCCGCACGCUCUCGCAAUGCUCUACCCCGCACCUGCUCCUGGGCCGCCGUCGCCGCUGAGCGAUGCUGGCCAAUCGCACACGCUAGCGCUAGAAAAGGAGAUACACCAACUGGCGCAUGUUCAGGCCUUGAAGAGCGAUAGUGAUUGGUAUGAGUCCCGUCCCUAUGCAGCGAUGGAGCAGAACCGGGUAAUAAACACACUCACAGCCGGCGCUCUCCGUUCACCGGGCCGGUUGGCUAUAGCGCCGCUGGUACACGCACGUCACGAUGACAGCGAGGCUGUGGUCACCCUCCAUGUCGGCCGCGGGGUCUGCGGGCAUGACGGUAUCGUGCAUGGCGGCCUAAUCGCAACGCUGUUCGACGAAAGCCUCGCAAGAACUGCCCUUCUCUCGCUGCCGGGCAAGACUGGCGUAACUGCUACCCUCAAUAUCAGCUAUAGAGUGCCCGUCAAGGCGGACCAGUUCGUCGUUAUUAGGAGCACGCUCGAAAAGAGGGACGGCAGGAAGGCUUUUGUUAAGGCUGAGCUCUCGGAUUUGUCAGGAAAGGCGCACGCUCAGGCUAAUGCCCUCUUCAUCGAGCCUAGGUGGUCCUUCUUGGCGGAUAAAAAGAAUAUCAGGAAAGCGUUAGGCACAGAGAAGGCCUAG